AUGAUGACCAUUGGUUACUGUGUUGCUCUCGUUCGGAUUUACCUCAUGCUUUGACCCUUGUAAUAGGUUAUUUCCCAUACAUGUGGUAGGAGGAUUUAAUUUACCUUCAACUGAUUUGUCAAAUGAACCGCCCAGGCGCGAUUUGCAACGCGGGAAAGACUUCCAGAAGUAGGAGCUGUAUCCACAUUGACCUUGUGAACAUCGGACUUUCUAUUUUUGUAAAUUAAUGAAUAUUUGUGCAAUUUUUAAUACGGAAUUGUGGCGCGGUUGUCUACGUCGCUGGAAAUGAAGAAUAUUUUCACUCCUGAUUGAGUAGCUGAAUUUGGUGGGACACUUUCAGACGUAUAGCUGCCUAACCCAACUUCUGUUAGAAGGCUAUUUUGCUAACGUUAAGCUACUUGAUAAAAACGCGUUUAGCCUAUCUUUAGAUGACAAAGUGAUUCCUGAACACCAUUGUGAUACAAUUUGAGAUGUUAUCAGUUUUGAACAAAUCGGUCUUCAUCUCAGCGAUGGCCGAGAACAAGCACCCUCAAGUAAUUUUUUGCAACGACUCCCCAAAGAGGGUUCUGGUGUCUGUGAUCAAGACCACCCCGAUCAAGCCCAGGAAGUGCGCGUCCCUGAUGCCGACCAGCCCUGGAUUCAGCGACUUCAUGGGAUACCCGUGUGGGUGGGGGGAGAACGCCCAUAAUGUGAGUCUGAGCCCUGGCUCGGUGAACGGGGCUGCCUCACCUACGGGGACCAACACCGCCAGCGAGGCUGACCUGGCUGCCUUCUCUGACCAGUUUAAGGACGGUAUUCGGCGUGGCCGCCCGCGUGCUGACACUGUCCGCGAGUUGAUCAAUGAGGGGGAGAGCUCCUCCAGUCGCAUCCGCUGCAACAUCUGCAAUCGUGUGUUCCCCAGAGAGAAGUCCCUACAGGCCCAUAAGAGAACACACACAGGGGAGAGGCCAUACCUGUGUGACUACCCUGACUGUAGCAAGGCUUUUGUCCAGAGUGGCCAGCUAAAGACCCACCAGCGUCUGCACACUGGAGAGAAGCCCUUUGUCUGCUCUAAGAAAGCCUGUGGCAGUCGCUUUACCCACGCUAACCGGCACUGCCCAAAGCACCCGUAUGCCCGUUUGAAGAGAGAGGACCCCAAAAAGGGACCAGGCAAGGCCCAGUCUGUGGACAAUAAGGCUGUGGCAGAGUGGCUGGCAAAGUACUGGCAGACCCGUGAGCAGCGUGCCCCUGUGCCCACCAAGGGGAAACCCCAGGGCACGGGUGGGGUGGAGGACCAGGAGCAGCAGGACCCCCGGGAGUUUCUCCAAUCAGACGAGGAAGAAGAGGAGGAUCCAAUGGAGGAAGAGAAGGGCAACGGGGGCGGGGCUGCUAGGCGGCGUCUCCAAGAGCAACGGGAGCGUCUUCAUGGUGCCCUGGCGCUCAUUGAGCUGGCUAAUAACCUGUCUGCCUAAAUCCCCGCCCACAUCCCAGUCCUGAAAUCUUCCCCAGUCAAUCCCCUUCUGCCUCCCUACGCAGUAUGCUUGGGAUAGAAGUUUGCCUGUAGGGAAAAACAUCUAGGAUAAGCUUACCCUCCCCAAAUACUUAACCAUUAAUGGGGGGGGGGGGG